CAGCUAUCACAAAGUAAAAACAUAACAUGGAAGCAUCAUUGGAAGGGAUAUGCCUUUAGCUGGGUUUCAAUGGAAGAUCAAAAUUGCCAAGUGUAUGGUUGUGAGAAUGAAGAAAUUAAUGUAUGGCUAAAAACAAAAAGAAAGAAGCAGAUAAGAUUUUCUUUAUUUGUUGGCUUCUACAGGUCAUUGGAAAUUAUGAAUCGAUCUGAAGAAAACUUUCCAGAUGAUUCAUGAAUGAGAAACUAGGAAACAAAAUAUCCCAUUCAGAAAAACCAAACAGAACUCAACAAGUCCUAGAAACAUCCCCACAGUCUGUCCCUGUAUUUAUGGAACACCAUGGCAUUCCCUCCAAAACCCAGAUUGAGCUGUUGUUACAAAUUCAACAGAGAUGUCUCCUGCUCUGUCUCUAUCUCUCUCCCACUCCCACCUUCCCCUCUGCAAAUCUCAGGACCUUCUUUCCAAGGAUACGCACCUCCGCAAAACUACCCCUAGAGAAAGCCCAGGUAGCAGAACACCUACGGAUAUCAAAUUCACCAAAAGAAAGCUGUUGGGUUCCGCUGCUUUGGGACUUUUCGGAGGAGGGCUCUCUGUUAGUCAGCCGCCAGCCAGGGCUGAGCCGGAGAGUCCAAUUGAAACAACUUCAAACCGAAUGUCAUACUCAAGAUUCUUACAGUGCUUAGAUCAAAAUGCUGUGAGAAAAGUAGACCUCGUUGAGAAUGGAACUCUGGCGAUCGCGGAGAUCUACAACCCUGCACUUGACAAAAUCCAGACGGUGAAAGUACAGUUACCGGGAUUGCCACCGGAGUUGCUGAGAAAGAUGAAAGAGAAGAAUGUAGAUUUUGCUGCUUAUCCUAUGGAAAUCAACUGGGGUCCUGCUUUGCUUGACUUGUUAAGUAAUUUGGCCUUUCCUUUGAUAUUUCUUGGCUUUUUGUUGCUAAGAUCAUCAUCAGCAAACACCCCAGGAGGUCCCAACUUGCCUUUUGGACUUGGAAGGAGCAAAGCAAAAUUUGAGAUGGAACCUAACACUGGAGUCACUUUUGAUGAUGUUGCCGGUGUUGAUGAAGCGAAGCAAGAUUUCAAAGAGAUUGUUGAGUUCUUAAAGACGCCAGAGAAGUUUGCUGCAGUGGGUGCAAGAAUUCCGAGAGGGGUGCUUUUGGUCGGACCGCCAGGUACAGGAAAGACAUUGUUGGGUAAGGCUAUUGCAGGGGAAGCAGGGGUGCCUUUCUUUUCCCUGUCAGGAUCAGAGUUCAUAGAGAUGUUUGUUGGAGUGGGGGCUUCCAGAGUGAGGGAUUUGUUCAACAAGGCAAAGGCAAAUUCUCCAUGCUUGGUAUUCAUAGAUGAGAUAGAUGCUGUUGGGAGGCAGAGAGGAACAGGAAUUGGAGGAGGAAAUGAUGAGAGGGAACAAACCUUGAAUCAGUUACUAACAGAAAUGGAUGGCUUUACGGGGAAUAGUGGAGUCAUUGUUAUUUCUGCUACUAACAGGCCUGAAAUUCUCGAUUCUGCUUUGCUCAGGCCUGGAAGAUUUGACAGACAGGUUACCGUUGGGUUACCAGAUAUAAGAGGGAGGGAAGAAAUUUUAAAGGUGCAUAGCAAUAACAAAAAGCUGGAUAAGGAUGUUUCCCUUAGUGUGAUCGCAAUGAGGACACCGGGAUUCAGUGGUGCUGAUUUGGCGAAUGUUAUGAAUGAAGCUGCAAUUCUAGCUGGUAGGAGGGGCAAAGACAGGAUCACCAUGAAGGAAAUUGAUGACUCCAUAGAUCGAAUCGUAGCAGGAAUGGAAGGAACCAAGAUGACAGAUGGGAAAAGCAAAAUCCUGGUGGCUUAUCAUGAAAUUGGGCAUGCAGUUUGCGCGACAUUGACCCCAGGACAUGAUCCAGUGCAAAAGGUUACACUGGUCCCUCGAGGCCAAGCUCGCGGCCUAACAUGGUUCAUGCCAGGUGACGAUCCUGCUCUAAUCUCCAAGCAACAACUCUUCGCUAGAAUAGUUGGAGGACUAGGAGGCAGGGCAGCAGAGGAGGUGAUUUUUGGAGAAUCUGAAAUUACAACAGGAGCAGCUGGAGACUUGCAACAAAUCACUCAAAUAGCCAGACAGAUGGUAACAAUGUUUGGGAUGUCGGAGAUUGGACCUUGGGCGCUGAUGGACCCAACAGUUCAAAGCAGCGAUGUGGUGCUGAGGAUGCUCGCCAGGAAUUCUAUGUCGGAGAAACUUGCAGAAGACAUUGAUUCAUCUGUACGAAACAUAAUCGAGAAUGCAUACCAGCUUGCAAAGAAUCAUAUAAGGAACAAUCGAGAGGCAAUGGACAAGCUGGUCGAUGCACUUCUGGAGAGAGAAACUCUAACAGGAGAUGAGUUCAGGGCAAUCCUUGCGGAAUUUACAGAUGUUCCUGUAGAAAAAAUGCGGAGAACUUCUGUUCGUGAGAUGAUCAAUGCUUGAGGAAGAGUAAUAGUGUAAAUGUACAGCACUCUCUAGGCAAUGUUAUGUAUGGUCUACAAUACAUUAUAAAAACUAUAUACAAGUCGUAACAGAAUAUAUACAAUUUUCUGAG